CUCAGAGAACACCACAGUCCUGGGCAUUGGCAAGCAGGGAAAGUCUCCAGAUUUGUGUGGAGGAGGAGGAAAUAUGCUGUCAAUUGCAAAGUCUCCAGUCCCCUUCAGUGCAAGAGGGCCUGGGACUGCAGGGGGGGGGGCUUGGGCAGUGCCCAGAUUGGCUCCAUCCUGGAAUUGCUUUCUACAAGCAUCAGGCAUCGUUUGUGUACAACCCAGUGGUGAAAUCCAAAUUUUUUUACCACCGGUUCUGUGGGUGUGGCUUGGUGGGCCUGUCGGGAAGGAUAUUGCAAAAUCUCCAUUCUGACCCCACUCUAGGGCCAGCCAGAGGUGGUAUUUGCUGGUUUUUUGAACUAUUCAAAAUUUCCGCUACCAGUUCUCCAGCACCUGUCAGAACCUGCUGGAUUUCACCCCUGCUGCCAGGCCUAAAGCUGCCCUCCUCCUGCAGGCUGCUUUAGCUCCUCUUCCCAAGGGUGAGAAAGCCCUUUAUCCAGCAUGUCAGGGUGGGGAAGAGAAUUCAUCAGCUGGGGGUGCAAGGCAGCAGGCAGCGUGCAGAGGGAGCCAAGCCACCAUUUUGGGCCAUUUUGCUUUGGCUCGUGUGAGCAGAGCCCUUAUAGCUGGCCCUCUCUCAGCCCGGCAGAGAGAGCCUUUCCUCAGGCUGGCUGCUCCAGUGGUGGAAUUCAGGUUUUUUUACUACCGGCUCUGUGGGCGUGGCUUGGUGGGCAUGGCAGGGGAAGGAUACUGCAAAAUCUCCAUUCCCACCCCACUCUGGGACCAGCCAGAGGUGGUAUUUGCCAAUUUCUCCGAACUACUCAAAAUCUCCUAUACCGGUUCUCCAGAACCUGCUGGAUUUCACCCCUGGGCUGCUCCCUUGGAGAACUCAUCCAGGGCAUUGGAUGGCCUGGGGAAGGUCAGCCUGAGCUGAUGGCUGUGGUCAAAAUCCGGGGGAGGGAGAGAAGAGAAUCUUGCCAAAACUGGUAAUUUUCACACGCUCUGCUGUGACCAAUUUGAGCUGAUCUUUAGGGGUCCCAAAGACUUUGUGGGCUGCAACGAUUGAGCGUUUCUCGGCUGACCUAUGGAGAAUCUGGAGUGGUCAUUUUCAGGCAUGUAAUUGACUUCAUGCCUACAUCAGAGGCAUGAAGUUUGUCUAUGUACAUAAGAGGUUUAGACACAAACUUGAGAGCAAGUUUCUGGAUUGUUGUUUGUGCUGGGAAAGAGCUUGGCUGAGCACCAGAAAUUUCCCCUCCUUGCAGAACCCAUUGGUAAGUUGGCAAGGAUGUGCUUUUUUGUCAGGGGUCUCCAACCUUGGCAGCUUUAAGACUUGUGGAUUAAACACGAAGUUUACAAAAUGACUGAAAAGCCCAGAACCCUGGACUUUGGAGUUCCUCUGGCAUCCAGAGAUUCAAUGGUGGGGAGGAAAUCCCUUUCUGCUGCCCCAGCAGAACUGACGAGCUGCUUCUGGCUGCCGAAUCCCCUUGGCUGCCCUCACCUGGUGGGGUGCCUCCGCUCCCCCUGCUCUCUGCCAUGAAUUCUUUCUCUGGGCAACCCUUGCUCAAAUGUCUCCCCUGCUUUGGCCCAGGGCUCUUCAGAGCCACCCCAAGGCACUUGAAGAAAGAGGGCCCUGCUACCCCUGAAAGGAGACAGUUCUGGGCCGCUGUAGAAGACAGAUGCCCAAGCUCUGGACCCAGACAGCUGCUCCAGUCGGGAAUGGAGGCUCUCUAGCUCAGCCUGCCCCCCUCUCGAAUUUUGGGUCCAGCCUAAAGGCGGAAAGACACUCCCUGCCUGGGAAUGCAAUGCUGGUGCCAGGGGUAGAAGGGGCGGGAAGGGCUGUGCCAUUGGAGCCGAGGGGGAGAGGCUCCAUUCUGCCUUCGAAGGGCCAAAGGAGAGGAGAGAUGGUGGCUCCCAAAGGCCCUGAAACCAUUCUACUGAUGCUUUUACCCUGGUGGGUCUGAUCCUCCCCUGGAGUUUAUUCUGCCCUGCUUUUAUGUUCCUUGUUCAAUGCAUUCGGCUAGGAUUGUUUAUUUUGUUUAUAACUUUGAUUUUAUACCUUUGAAAGGUACAAAGGCCUAAAUAAAUAACGAAUUAUUGUUGUCAGUGGUUUGUACAGGAUAGAUUUUAAUCACCUUGUAGAAGCCAAUGUUGAAAACAAGCCACGGAAGGUGAGCCACUUCACUCAGGUUUAUAUAUACACAAAACACACAAAAGUGCCACAUUCACCAAGCCAGUAAAAACACUUUGCACAAAACGAUAAAGGCUUAAUUUUUUUCCCCCGGCAUCGUGUCUUGGGGAUCAAAGUGUGCUUAGCUGAAGCUGCAGAAGGUGGGAAAGGAUGGAGAGCAAAGAGGCGGGCUAGCACAAAAUAAUUUUGCCUGCCUUUCCAAUAAGAAAGAUAAAUAGAAGCCUGGCAGGCUUGACCAAAGGGCAGAGAUUCCAGGCAGCUGGGCCUCUUCAGUGGAGUCAGCCCGGCUGCAUGCAAACCAGGCCUCCUUCCUGCAUCUGCAUCCUUCAGUGCUGGCCUGGAGCCAUGAGCGCCAGCAAAGGCAGCCCUGGGAAGACGCGGGUCCCGUUCUUUUGUGGGUCAGGAAGGCCGAGGGCGUCGUUUUAAGCUGAUGUCGUCACAACGGUCCGCCACAAGGGGGAGCAGGAAACAGCUCGAGUAACGGGGGUGGCUUUCCAGAUGUGCCUGGACUCCAAAUCCCAGAGUUCCCGGUGGGCAGCGGAACAUAACUUCCCAUUCCUGCUGUGGUCUGGAGGCGAGAGUAAGGCGCUGAUGGACAACCCGCCUUCCCAAAGGCUUGACUCGGCGGUAGGAUGGCUUCCGCGGCAGAAGGGCCGGCCUUUUUCUCGAAGGGAAACGCCGUCGAGCAAAGGAGUGGGCUGAGCCCCCGGCGCCUCGGCCGCCCAGCCCGCAGGCAGGAGCCCCCGGCCCUUUAAGGGGGAGCGAGGCCCGCCUUUAAACGGAGCCGGCGCGCUGCUUCUUCGCCUGGCGCAGCUUUCUUGGCCCGCUGGCCUGGCCGUGGCUGCUCGGGGAGCCUAGCAUGGGAGUGCGGGGGUGAGGCUCGCCCGCAUCCCUGCUUUCCCCCCCGGGGGGCGAUGCUCCCGUUGGGCUCCCCGGCUCCUUCCUUGUGACCCCGCGCUUCAGCGCAGCCGGAGGGCCGCCAUGACGGGGCUGCGGCCGUGGAGCGUUGCUCUCCUCCUGGCCCUGCUGGGCCCCCUGGCGCAGGCUCCGGAAGGCGCGGGGGAAGCGGCGGAGGCAGAAGGGGCCCCUUCCCUGCCGCUGAUGCAAAUGCUCCUGAGCCAGGCGCCCCCGCGAUCCUGGCUCCCCGGGGGAAGCCGGAGGCGAGCCAGCGGACAGCCGCUGCGCUACAUGCGGAACCUCUACCGGAGCGUGGCGGACCGGCACGGCCGGCCCCGCAGGGACGAACGGCUCUCCAGCAACACCAUCCGCCUGGUCCGGCCCUCGGCCAAGGCCCGCCAGGCUGGGGCAGCAGGCCCCUGGUUCAUCUGGGCCCUUGACUACCGCCUGGAAGUGCAAACGCCAGCCCAGCGCCUGGUCAGAGCUGUUGCUGUCUACGUUCAGCGUCCAUCCUCGCCUCACGGCCCCCUCUGGUGUACAGCCACCCCACUCCCUGGUGGAAGCGCCCUGCCACAGGUGGCGGUCAGCCCGGCUUUGCUGAAGAAUUCCACCACCACAUCUGCUGCGGACAGCUGGGUGGAGCUGGACCUCUCCUCGCACCUCCAGCCGUGGUCCUGGACUGCCCAGAAUAGCCACCUGCUCCGCCUGCAUCACGCCUGCGCCUUUCUGGAAUGGGCCUGGGGCUCUCCCCGUGGGCCUGGUGAGAGAAGCCCCCCCUCCCUGGAGGAUCCCUUCUUGCUGCUCUACCUCAAUGACACUUGGAAACCCCUCCGGGCUCCCGUGGGAGGGGAGCUCCGCCAGAGCUCUGCCCGUGUCCACAGGAUGCGCCGAGCUGAGAAACUGGACCUGGAUCUGCCCCGCUACAGCCGCCGCCGCCCUGGCACCAAGCAGAACGAGUGUGCCCUCUACCCCUUCCGUGUGACCUUUCGCCAGCUGGGCUGGGACCAUUGGAUCAUUGCCCCCCACUCAUACCGGCCUCAGUACUGCAAGGGAACGUGCCCCCGGGUCUUGCGCUAUGGCUACAACUCCCCCAACCACGCCAUCGUCCAGAAUCUGAUCAACGAGUUCGUGGACCCGAACAUCCCUCGCCCGUCCUGCGUGCCCUACGAGUACAGCCCUGUGGGCGUCCUCAUGAUUGAGCAGAAUAACAACAUCCUGUUCAAGGUGUAUGAGGACAUGAUCGCCAAGUCCUGCACCUGCCGGUGAGCAGCCUCAUCUCUGGCAACAAGCUGCCUCCUUCCCUGGGCCUCCGCUUGCUCCCACCCACUGCCUCACCGAGAAAGAAUCCAGAUUUUAAGGCAUUUGGCAACUUUUCACUUGGAUCCAAGACCCUUCUUUCUGAGGGGCACAGAGGACUAGCACCUUGGUUGGGCUGUUUUACAAAAGGAUUUUUAUGCACAGGUUGGCAAAUUCUCCUCCUCUUCCUUUUUACUCCUGGAAUGAUUUCACCCUGCCAGAGCUUGGUGGAGGACAGUUGAAGGAAGCGCAGCUGGCACUCCUGGGAAGGGCUGCGGUGAAGCAGGUGGGUCCAUGGGAGGCAGGAGAUGCAAAGAUCGGCUGUCCUGGGGUCGUGCUGAGGCAUGAAGGGUCCCUCCGGUUUCCCUCACCAGCACUUGGUCUCAUUGCCUGCAUAAGCCUCUUGAUGCCGGGGGCCACCGUCCCUUUUGGCCCAGAAGGGUGUAUCCUGUAUCCUGCAGCCCAGCCUGAAAAAAAUGGGUGUGCAGGUGUUCCAGCCAUAGGUUCCCCCCCACAGGCCCUUUUCUCUCCCCCCCCAAGCCAGUGCCCCCUCCUCCAGCAAGAGCUGUGUGGUCUCUGGACUACUCGAACCCCCCUUUUCUGUUCCUGCUGCUUAAGGGGUGCUGCUGUGUGGCCAGUUCUUUGCUCUGCUGCUUCUACCUCUCACGCUGCAAAUAAAGGCACACUCACACCUGUCUGCAACCCCGGGAGAUGUCAAGCAGUGAAUUCCUGAAAGAAUUUGAGAAGAAGACCUUCGGGUGGGGGAAGAGCCCCCUGGAGGUGCUCUGCUCCCUAAGAAGGUUGUUCUGGAAGCAAAGGGGACUUUUAAACCAAGGGAGAAGGUGUUUAGGGGUGUGGCUGCAUCGCAGUGGGUUGGGGCCCUGCCCAGGAGAGAUGGCUUUUGGGGGCUUAGUUGGUUGGGCCUUUCCUGGGAGCUGCCUCCUCCCAUCCUGGGCGUGGUGGAGUCUUGGGUGGGAGAGAGCUCCUGACUUGGCCUUGACCUUCUCAUGCACUGGAUGAUGGAGCAGGCCUCCCCCUCCGCUGGCCCUCCCCACGCUUCCAAGGCCUUGUCCAUAGUUGUCUUUCUCUUCACCCUUACUUGUUUGUACCUGUCGCCUACCUGGCCUGAAAAAACUGAUAACUUGAGAAAACUUUCUAUUUAUUAAAUGGUAUAUUUAAAUGAGAUCCUGCAAUAAAUGUAGUUUCUGUUUUGCUAAA